AUUGAACUCCAGGCCUGCGACCGAGACCAGCAGUGCGGAGGAGGGAUGUGCUGUGCCGUUAGCCUCUGGAUCCGGAGCCUGCGAAUGUGCACGCCGAUGGGAAAUUUGGGAGAGGAGUGCCAUCCUUUGAGUCACCGAGUUCCCUUCCCCGGGCGGCGGAUGCACCACACCUGCCCCUGUCUCCCUGGCCUGGCCUGCCUACGGACUUCUCCCAGCAAAUUCAAAUGUUUACCGGACUACAGAAAAGAAGAUGUCUUUUUUUAG